UAAGACGACCACCCGCCAUUUGUUGCCGUUGUUGUUAUUGUCGUCGGUUACCUACCGACUUAAACAUACCAGCCAGAAAAGACGGGCACACCCCUAGAGUUCACCAUGCAAGAGAAAGCAGAGGCCAGCACCGCCGGGACCGUCCCCACUCCUCCUCGUCCUCGAUCGUCAUUUGCGAAGACUGCCGUCCUUGCCGCGUCACCCCUACUGCUGGUAUCCCUGGGCGCGCUACUGUGGCCGACAUGGAGAUGUGACCACUCCUUGUCGAGACGCUCUCCCCCGUCGAGCCUCGCGUCCAUCGACGAGCGGGUCAAGAUAAUCCUCUCGGAAACUCCCCUGAUAGAUGGGCACAACGACCUGGCCUACGUAAUCCGGGCCGUGUACAAUAACCACAUUUACGAUGACAACUUCACCAAGCCGUUCGAGGACGGCGGCUUCCCGUACCACGUCGACCUGGCCAGGCUCAGGGAGGGCCAGAACGGCGGCGCCUUCUGGAGCGUCUACGGGCCUUGCCCGGGAAAUGGCACGGACUUCUCUGAAGAGAACUAUCUUCCUAGCGUCCAGUUCACCCUCCAGCAGAUCGACCUCGUGACCCGUCUGCAGAGCCGCUUCCCGCAGGACUUCUCCGGGAUCGUGGACUCGGAGUCGGCGCUGGCGGCCUUCCGGCGGGGCCAGCUGAUCUCGCCGCUGGGGAUCGAGGGCCUGCAUCAGAUAGGCAACUCGGCGGCGAACCUGCGGCGCUUCCAUGCGCUCGGCGUGCGGUACAUCACGCUGACGCACAACUGCGGCAACGCCUUCGCUGAUGCGGCCCUGCGCGAGAACCCCUUCGGUGUCGCGCCCCCGCUCUGGGGCGGCGUCUCCCCGCGCGGCCGCCUCCUCAUCAACGAGAUGAACCGCGUCGGCCUCAUCGUCGACCUCUCCCACACCAGCGUCGACACCAUGCGCGACGUCCUCGGUGCCGGCGGCGACGGCUGGGCCGGCAGCAAGGCCCCCGUCAUCUUUAGUCAUAGCUCGGCCUACGCCAUCUGCCCGCACCCCCGCAACGUGCCCGACGAUGUGUUGCAGCUGGUCAAGAAGACGAACUCGCUCGUCAUGGUCAACUUCGCGGCGGAGUUCAUCAGUUGCGCGGCCACGCCGGACCCGAACGGUGUCCCGCCGUUCGACCCGGCGCACAACACUCUGAGCCGGGUGGCGGAGCACGUGACGUACAUCGGGUCGCUGAUCGGGUACGACCACGUCGGGUUCGGCAGCGACUUCGACGGCAUUACCAGGACGCCGGAGGGACUCGGCGACGUCUCGCGCUACCCAGACCUCGUCGCCGAGCUGUUGCGCCGCGGCGUCUCCGACGCCGACGCCGCCAAGGUCGUCGGCGCCAACGUCCUGCGCGUCUGGGCCGACGCCGAGCGCGUCGCCGCUGCGCUCCAGGACGCCGGCGAACCCAUCCUCGAGGACGAGCUGCCGAGCUUCUCCGGCCUCGGGGCGUAGAUCGGCGAGGUUUGGGGGGAGGACGGAGAUCGAGAGGCUUGGCCGCAGGGAUGAAGUAUCCGCGGACACGGGCCCGGCGUGAGCCCCGACGGAGGAACAGCUAGGGUACUGUUAUCUGGGGGAAAGACACUAUUGAACUUGGCCUUAAUCGUUCAUGUCUUA